CUGUCGGUAAAUGUCAUGCGUAAACGUCAAAACUUCGGAAGUGAUUUGUGAAUUAUCACCACGAAAUUGAUAGUUAAAAUUACAAAUUAAAGUAAAAGAUGUCGGUGGCCAAAGUGACUAAAGAUCAGAACAAGUCCGAGCCAGUAGCGUACAGCGAUGCUGCUCUAAGAAACAAUGCUGUGGUCGUGGAGUAUUGUAGAACUUCUAUGGCUGCAUUGUCAGGCUCCACUGCAGGUGUCCUAGGCCUCACAGGUCUCUACGGGUUUGCUUUCUACGUGUUUGCAGUUGUCAGCCUCUGGGUGAUGUUCAUGUUGAAGACUGGACCUAAUUGGAGCAAAUAUUACGUGUCAAGACAGAGCCUAUUAACACACGGCUUCUUUGGAGCACUCUUCACUUACGUGUUAUUCUGGACAUUUAUUUAUGGAAUGGUACAUGUAUAUUAGAGUUAAGUUAGUUUGUAAGUCUUAUAGAUGAAUUGUGCUUGGAGGUCUACCCCGAUUUUACACUUGUGAGCUUCUUACCUAAGUAUUAUGGAAGCAACUUACGAGGGGUUUUUUUACAUUUGCAAUUCUAUUGUAAGUUGUGUUAGCUACCUAUGCAACCAAAUCUUACAAGUGUAAUGUUGGCAUGAUUUAUGAUAGAAAAAGGAGAACUGCUGCAAUAUAAUCUUGUAUGUAUAUGAAUUGUGACAGAGUGUGUUUCCUUGAUGCUGGACUGUAAUUGCAUUGGCAUGCUAGCAAAACUGCCAUGUAUUUGGCCAGUAUCUUAUACUAGGCAUAUGAGUAUCAGACACAAAAGAAAAGUGUAUCACUUCCCAUAACCAGAUAAAAUGUAGACACCAUUUAAACUGCCCGAAAUUAUGGCAAGGAAGCUGGACAGAUAGACAAGUUACUUUCGCAUUUAAAUAUUAAUUAAGAAUUGUAAUUUAUUCACUAUUUGUUAAAUAGGAAAAUACUGGCAUGUAAUGUAAAGAAUGGUUUUAUUUAUACAUACUGUAAGAAAUAUUAUAAUUGUUUUACUGAAUAAAAUGGUUAAUUAUGUAAA